AUCGCCUGCCAGAGAUGCAAAACUACAGACCCAAGAGGUUCGCCUUUCUCCCCCUCCUGAGUUACUCUGGAGACGAGCCCCAUAAAUCUUGCGGCAAGCUGCUGUUGCACUGGGUGUCCGUGUGAUCCGUUGUGUCUCCGGGGAGCAGGAUUUUUAUCUCUGCAGUUCUUCAGUCUGCUUAUCGGCUGCAUGGCAUCGGCGAGAUGUCUCUGUGCCAGUGCGCGGUGAAGCACAGUGAGUCAGACGUGGAAGGCUGCUGCUUCUCGGUGGGCGGGGGCCUGAAGGUGUACCUGCACUGGAACGGCGAGGAGGAGGAGCGGUGCCAGACCUACACGCAGGGGGUGCUGAGCGCAGAGGAGAUCUGCAUCAACAUUGCCCAGAAAAUCGGGAUCACGCCGCUCUGCUACAGCCUCUUCGCGCUCUGUGAUGUGCAGACCAGAGUCUGGCUCCCUCCCAACCAUGUGUUUGAAAUCAGCAAAGACACCAACCUGAAUCUGUUCUUCCGCAUGAGGUACUACUUCCGCAACUGGCAUGGGAUGAGCGACAAAGAGCCGGCCGUCUAUCGCAAUGUUCCCCGGCAGAGCGACGUCCCUGAGGACAAGCUGCAGGGCGGUGCGCUUCUGGACAAGUCGUCCUUCGAGUAUCUCUUUGAGCAGGGGAAAUAUGAGUUCAUUAAUGACGUUGUGUCUCUGAAAGACCUUCAGAGCGAACAGGAGAUCCACCGGUUUAAGAACGAGAGCUUAGGCAUGGCUGUCCUUCACCUCUCUCACAUGGCUCUCAAACGAGGCGUCUCUCUCGAAGAAGUGGCCAAAAAAACCAGCUUCAAGGGUUGCAUCCCGCGCUCCUUCUGCCGGCAGAUCCAGCAGAACAACUACCUGACCAGGUUCCGCAUGAGGAACGUCUUCAGGAAGUUCGUGCAGCGCUUCCAGCGGCACACGGUCAGUGCUGGGAAGCUGACGGAGCAGGACGUCAUGUACAAGUACCUGGCCACCUUGGAGAACCUGGCCCCGCGCUUCGGGAGCGAGCUCUUCCCGGUCCUUUCCUUGGAGACGGCCUCUGAGGGCGAGAAGGUGCUGCUCUAUGUCAAUGGAGGGCACACGCCGCUGGAGGGCGGCUGCGUGUCGUCUCCCAGGGACAGGCCCGCCACCCACGAAGUCCUGGUCACUGGCACGGACGGGAUUCAGUGGCGGACCGUCCCUGUUGAGAGUGCAGAAAGCCACCCCCACCGGAGUUAUUUUGGGAGGAAGACUAGGGCCAAAGAGCUGGACCCCAAAGGGCUGUGUCAGCCAGUGGAGAGGAGCGAGGCCAAGUGGGUGCGCUUCUGUGAUUUCCAGGAGAUCACGCACAUUGUCCUCAAGGACUGCAAAGUCAGCAUCAACCGCCAAGACAACAAGUGCCUGGAGCUGGUUCUCCCGUCACACGAAACGGCCCUGUCCCUGGUGUCGCUGGUGGAUGGCUACUUCAGGCUCACGGCCGACUCCAGCCACUACCUGUGCCAUGAGGUGGCCCCGCCACGGCUGGUGAUGAGCGUCCUGAAUGGCAUCCAUGGGCCAAUGCAGGAGGAGUUCGUCUUCGCCAAGCUGAAGCGGGAGGAGCAGGAUGGGCUGUACGUCAUCCGCUGGAGCGUCCUCAACUUCAACAGGCUGAUCCUGUCGGUGGUGAAGAGGGACCAUGGCCAGGGCUCCGGGACGCAGACCACCCCCACGUAUAGGCAGUUCCGGAUCCAAAAGAGAGGCGUCUCCUUCGUGCUGGAGGGCUGGGAGCGGGAGUUCUCCACCGUGCGGGAGCUGAUGGACGUUCUCAAAGGCUGCACGCUCAAGUCGGGAGAAGAGAGCUUUGCUGUGAGGAGGUGCUGCCCACCAAAGCCGGGAGAGAUUUCAGACCUGAUCAUCGCCCGGAAGGUGAAGGACAGCACCAGGCAGAUCCUGAACCUGACCCAGCUCAGCUUCCACCAGAUCCGGAAAAAUGAGAUCACCCAGAGAGCUCACCUGGGCCAGGGCACCCGCACCAACAUCUACGAGGGCGUGCUGCAUGUUUGCGGGGGCGCUGGCGGGGACGACGAGGCCGAGUACUUCUCCACCGAGCAGAACAACAACAGUCGCGAGAUGCACGUGGUGCUUAAGGUGCUGGACCCCAGCCACCGGGACAUCGCCCUGGCCUUCUUCGAGACGGCCAGCCUCAUGAGCCAGGUCUCGCACAUCCACCUGGCCUUCGUGCACGGCGUCUGCGUGCGGGGCUCCGAGAAUAUCAUGGUGGAGGAGUACGUCGAGCACGGCCCCCUGGAUGUCUUGCUGCGGAAGGAGAAAGGCCGGGUGACCGUCGGCUGGAAGGUCACUGUCGCGAAGCAGCUCGCCAGCGCCCUGAGUUACUUGGAGGACAAAAACCUGGUGCAUGGCAAUGUGUGUGCCAAGAACAUCCUGCUGGCCAGGAAGGGGUUGGAGGACGGGUUGCUGCCUUUCGUGAAGCUCAGCGACCCUGGGGUCAGCUUCACGGUGCUCUCCCGAGAAGAGCGAGUGGACCGGAUCCCCUGGAUCGCCCCCGAGUGCGUCCAGGAUGUCAGCAGCCUCAGCACCGCGGCCGACAAGUGGAGCUUCGGCACCACCCUGCUGGAGAUCUGCUUUGAUGCGGACGUCCCACUGAAGGAGCGCACCCCCUCCGAGAAAGAGCGCUUCUAUGAGAAGAAACACCGCCUGCCCGAGCCAUCCUGCAAGGAGCUGGCCGCCUUGAUCAGCCAGUGUCUGACAUACGCCCCCAGUGAGCGGCCCUCUUUCCGGACCAUCCUGCGGGACCUCACCCAGCUGCAGCCACACAACCUCGUCGAUGUCACCUCUGUGAGCCCUGACUUCCCUGUCUCGGACCCCACGGUCUUUCAGAAACGCUACCUGAAGAAGAUCCGAGAACUGGGGGAGGGUCACUUCGGCAAAGUGAGCCUGUACUGCUAUGACCCCACCAACGACGGCACCGGGGAGAUGGUGGCCGUGAAGUCGCUGAAGUCCGGCUGCAGCCAGCAGCUUCUCACCAGCUGGAAGAGGGAGAUUGAGAUCCUCAAGACGCUCUACCACGAGAACAUUGUCAAGUACAAGGGCUGCUGCAGCGAGCAAGGGGAGAAGAUCGUGCAGCUCAUCAUGGAGUACGUGCCCCUGGGCAGCCUGCGGGAUUACCUGCCCAAACACAACGUCAGCCUGGCCCACAUCCUCCUCUUUGCCCAGCAAAUCUGUGAGGGCAUGGCUUACCUGCACUCCCUGCACUACAUCCACAGGGACCUGGCUGCCAGGAACGUGCUGCUGGAGAACGAGAACGUGGUGAAGAUCGGUGAUUUUGGACUGGCCAAAGCCAUCCCCGAAGGGCACGAAUAUUACCGCGUCUGCGAGGACGGAGACAGCCCCGUCUUCUGGUACGCCAUGGAGUGCCUGAAGGAGUGCAAGUUCUAUUACGCCUCCGAUGUCUGGUCCUUCGGUGUCACUCUCUACGAGCUCCUGACACGCUGUGACUCCAGCCAGAGCCCCCCAGUGAAAUUCAUUGAGAUGAUCGGAGCGACUCAGGGUCAGAUGACAGUGCUGAGGCUGAUCGAGCUGCUGGACAGGGGGAAGAGGCUCCCAAGCCCGAAGGACUGUCCUUGUGAGAUCUACUGCUUAAUGAGAAACUGCUGGGAAUCCAAAGCAUCCUUCCGCCCAGCGUUCAAAAACCUCGUCCCCAUCCUGAAGAGCUUCCACGAGAAAUACAAGGCUCAGGCCCCUUCGGUCUUCAGCGUGUGCUGAGUGGGAUGCUUGAGAACUUGCUCGGGGAAGGACCACGGCUGCCUUCAGCUGGAAACCCUCUGAUGGAGAGGCCACUUCAAAGUGCUGGGGAGGGUUGGGACUUCACCACUUGCUGCCUCGGUGCCUGCUGCUGCAUGGAACCGUCCUACGCGAUCCGGUUUUCCACCUUGUGCCUUGGAGUCCCGGGAACCCUGUGUAAACAGAGAUGGCUGGUGAAGCUUCUGUUGCCACUUCUGAAGUACGGACCUGCUGCUUUGGCCUGGAUGCGUCGGCUCUCCAGUCAGGUGGAUUUUAAUCCCGGAAAGUGGUUUCCUUCUAGGCAAUGCAGCCAGAGGAAGCUGUGGGGCUGUCUAGCAAAAAGGGCAAACUGCCUUCCUGGCGCAUCUCAUCUAACCUCUUGGCUUGUGUUGGAGCUGUGCAGCCAGAGCAUUGCGUGUGUUGAAAGGGGCGGACGUGUGCAAAAGCCUCCUUGGAGCCUAAUGCGCCGCACCCCAGGCCGCUGUCAGGAGCUCCUGAAGCCUUUGCAGGGAGCCAUGGGGGAAGAGGCUGGAGCUUGAGGGGUGGGUACAGGCCUGAAUAUAGCCCUGUAAUGCCGCAUCUGGCGCAAGGGGAGGAGGAGGGUAUAUGGUUAAGACGGCUGCCGAGUGAGGGCUUGAAGCAUCGUACAAAAGAUACACUGGGCCCACGCCUGCUCCCUCCUCCAGCCGGACGGGCUCCCAGCCUGCCCUGCUCUGUGGUGCUUUUGCAGCUUGGGAACGGGCCUGUGCCCUGCCCACUCUUCACUGAUGCUUUGGUCUUUGAGCUGGGGAAACCUCUGGCCCAUCCCCCAGCUGCUUGGGCUCUUGCCUGGUUUGUACCAUAAAGCACCACAGUGCCUGCUUCCGCUGGCAACCCCUGAGCCCUGGCAGAGGGGCUCUGCCCCCUGGCCUGUAACCCCCUGUGCAGCUGCCUGUGCCCCCCUCUGCUCCCAUCUCUCCUUGGGCGGAGAGACGUUCCCCCGUCGAAAGACCCCUGGGGGCAGGUGCAGGCAGACUGAGGAGGGCUGCCCUCUCCGCAUUGCCUGCGGGGCCUGGCUUUCUCCAGCGCUGUCCCCUCUUGCUGUACAGCAGCUGACCAUGGCCUCUGCUGGCCCUUCAGUCAGAGGCCUUUCUUUGCUCCGGAGUAGCCCUUUGAUGCACUCCUGCAGCCUUGGCUGCCACCCAGCGAGCAAUGAGGGGAGCUCCUGUGCCCCCCGUAAGGGCUGCUUGGGGUCCACAUCUUGGCCACUACCCCCAUUCACGGGGAAACCUCCCUGAACAGGCAGCAGCUGUCCCAGCCUGUCCGUCCAUGUCUCUCGAACGCCUUGGUGAGCGACGCCCUCCUGUGCCCCCCAGGGCUGCGUGCUCCAAAGGGACGUACCAAGGCCAUUCGCUUGGCUGCCGCUGUCCACAUGCCAACCAAAGGUUUUUCCCGCCUCUCCCAGGGGCCAAGCACUGUGAAUUAGAUCAUGUGGUCGGGGGAGUGGGCUGGAGUCUGCUGGCCUUAAACCAAAUCCAGAUCACAAGACACGAACUGCCUUUAUCUGCUCACCAAAUCACAGCCCCGUCCUGUCCUCUGGCUACCUAACGCCAGUGUUAGCCGAACUGGUCCUGAAAAGGCCAGUGCGCCCUGGCUGUGGGGCUGUGUCUAGAGACGCAGGGCAAACACCAUCCAGUCGCAUGCCCUCUUGAAUAACAGGGACUGCUGGGCUCGCUUGUGUGCUCGUCUCGACGCCUCGGAUUCGUUCUCCAUGCGCUGCAGAGACUGCUGCGUGGCCAUCUUCGGUUAUGUUGCAAAACCCAGUGGAGGGACGGCUCAAGCCUUGAAUGAACAAGGCCUUAGCUCCAUCCACUGCCAACAUCCACUCAACCAGCAUGCAUGUAGCCUUUAGUGUUAGUUGCUCACUCUCUCACCUAAAUGCCUGGAAUGUAUUUUCCUAAAGAAAUGGGUGUGGGCUGUACCCAGCCCAUCUGACUCUGCAGAACAUUUGGGGUCUGUUGGUUCUCUCUCCUCACCAGGGAUGAUCACCGGCUUUGAGCAAGUGAACAUUUGUGGCACUUUAUUACUAAAGAAAUGUUAGCAGUUGGGUGUCUCGGUUGGUGGUUGUUUCAAAUGUGAUUUCUGGAGUCCCCUAUCCCUCAAUCUCUUGUAGCCACAAGCUCGAGAGCAGGUGAUAUGGCCUGGUGCCCAGCCUCAGAGCCAAACGGAUUUCAAUAAGGUCAAGGAGCCAAAGUCAAUAUGGUGCCUGCACCAAGGGAAAUAGUCACUCAAGCGCCAAUCCCACUGGCCCUGAGGUGUUUGCAGUCCAGGAAGGACUCUGGCAUUGGAGCAGCCAGAGCUGCUCCCACUUCCUUCCCUCCCUCCCUCAGCAGCUCCAAGGGCACGUGGCUGUAUGUCAGAGCUGCUCCCACGGUCUCCCAUAGUAAUGGAGCCAAUGCUUCAGUUUAAAAAUCACAAGACACGGUCAGGGAAGCACUUCCGAUUUCAUAAUCAAAGAUGCAUUUUCUUAACUUAGUGGCCCUUGAGGGCUACAGAUUGGACACCACUGGCCAGCUACCGCAUUGGACAGCUGUGGUCACCUGACCUGACCUCUCCUCUUCUUGGAGGCUGCUACAUGAGGAAAUCUUCCUUUAGUAUUUGUAACAUACCUCUAGUCUUGCCUUUGUAUCUUGCCACUGUAUUUCCACAUACACAGCUCUUCCCCGACCAGUCUCUCUGUCUCCAAAGGCUCGUUAUCUCCUGGCCUGGACAAUUAGUGAGGAAUCUUCUAAUGCAACCAAUUUGUUGGUUUGGUUCAAAGUAAAUAAAAGGCUUGGGAAGAGACUUGUGUGUAUAAAAAGUGCAAUGUUUUUGUAAAGGAUGGAGGGUCAUUUUGCCUGAGUUAGCAAAGGUCACUCUUUCUAGAGGGAGGCCUUGGACUUAUUCCUAAAAUGAUGCUGUUAAACUGUAUAGUGGUUGAUUUCCCCACCCCUUAUUUAUUGUUGUCUGCUAUGUAAACGCCAUUGAAAUAACCUCUGCAGUGAGCCAUGUGCCUGGAGUAUGGAGCAAUGCUGCCUGCCUCAUGGGCCCAUCCUGCGCCAUGGUCUGCGUGUCAACCUUGACGCAAAAAUAGACUGCAGCAAUGUGCCUUGCGUCUUGCCGUUGUGCUGGAGCUAUGACUCCCUCUCUCACCAGGGAAGCAUGGGUGAUUGAACAAGCUGCAGCUUCCUUGCUUCUGGCGAAAGCACCUGUGUGUAGAGACCUUUUUUCUAUUGGACAGCGGGAGAUGAUUAUCUAAUGUGAACGUCACUGGUCUCAGUGCUGAUCUACUACUGGCUAGUGUAACCUGUAGCUGGUAACAUCCCUGAACUUUUCUUCAAAUAAAUUACUCUGUAAAGUA